AUGAAAGGAGUUGAGGGACAGUUCGGUAAUUGGAUUGCUACCCCUCAGGAAGGCUCACCACAUCAGCGUGAUUGGACUCAGCCAGCGAGCCAGGAGAUCCCGACUACAGGAAACUCUUCAGCUUCCAUGCUUGGCUUACAACCAUCUGGUGCACAUCUUCAGUCGCUCGAGUACCAAGGCUAUGUCCGAGAUUGGAGUACAGCAGGAGAAACGCCAACCUUCAGCAAUAAUAACUCACAGCCAGUCCCUGCGACGGACCCAUCACCCGAGGUGGGAAUAAAGGAGGAGCCUGACAUCGAGUGCAUGAUACCAGUCAAGGCCAAAGACGAUUCUGAAUCUCAACUGCCAUUGGUAUCUGAGGCUAGUGAUGAAGUUGACGAAAUCGUAGACUAUGACACCUGUUUUGGCGUUGUGAUCGUCGAAGCCAACCUUUCAACCACAGAUAAUCGAAAAAUUGCUGACUGCCCGAUCACCAUCCGCUCAGAAGGCGAUAUCUUGAGCCUCUGCUUCGAAGACUCGGGUCACUUCGCCGGCAUUAUCGACUCCCGCGCGUUGAAGAAGCUCCUAGACCGCUACGCCGUUAGGCUCACCGCAAUGCUGCUGUGCUCCAAGCCAUCUCAUAAUGGCAAAGAAACAAAAGUGCCCAAGCGUAAAGGUGCCACAGCUUCUAAAUGGAGGUUGGCAGAUGUCACGGCUAGAGUCGUAGUAUACGGAAAGAUGGAAGACAAGGAUGAUAUCGCCAACCUCCUCUCCGAUGCAGGACUCUUCUUCCAACACCUAACAGCUGAUGAGUACGACCCCGAGGUACCGUACUUCAACCCGCAUUUCCUCCUCCGACCUGGCGCCGAAAUGCCAAAAAUUGAAGGGCUUUCCAUCUCAGACUCUCAGUCCGCCUCUGGUAGGGGCGGGCUGCUUGAUGAAGUGAGCCAAGGGAAGAUCUGGAGAAUAUUCGAUGGUGCGAGCGGGGCUGGGACUUUGGCAUCGGUGACGGCAAGCCCAAGGCUGAAUUCUACGUUGCGAGAACGGAUUCUCGUCUCGGAUCUCUUGAAGUACGAUAUGGUGUUGACCACAUACGAAACACACCGAGAGGAUUUCAUGACGUCGAAGAAUCCAGAAACCAAGACCCUCUACUCUUACCACUGGUACCGCGUUGUACUCGACGAAGGUUCCCUAGCCCAUAGAAUACGCUCCCGAGGCUCCAUAUUGCAUCAGUCUGCCCUUUCGAUUUCGAAAUGCGCGCAUUGCCGCUGGUGCCUCACCGGGACCCCGAUACAUAAUUCCCUCGACGAUUACGCCGCCCUCCUCAGCUUCCUCCAGGUCCCCAAGCUCUCCGAUAAGCGAGAAUUUGACCGGCUGAUUGCCAAACCCGUGAAGAAUAAGAACCAGUACGGCUGGGGCCGCCUUCAGGACUUGGUCAGAGCGACAUGUCUCCGACGUACAAUCUCCGGCCUCGAUGCAGGCAUUCUUCAGCUCCCUCCUCCAAAGUCGAAGAUUGAGUGGAUCGAGCUGGGGGAUGACGAACCGCUGUACUCAUUCUUCAAACGCAAAACAGCAAGUCUUGCCUCUGGUCAAGGCAAGAAAAAGGCCAGGAGUGCGAAGGGCUCCGCUGGGAAAGUCAAGGGUGGCGACAACAUCCUGAGCUUGAUUAACUUUUUGAGAAUGAUAUGCAACUACGGAGAGCAAAUGUUACCCGCGAAGGCCUUGGAGGCGUGGAGACAGAGGGAUUUGUCCUCUAUUGACUGGCAAGAGAUGGAAGCAAUGCAACGCCAGUGCGCCGGCUGCGGAAAACGCUUAAGGGACGCUGAUGAGGGACAUGUUCUACCAUGUGGGCACCACAUGUGUGGAAAGUGUCAACUCGAUGCUGAAGAGGCCGAUGAAGGCGAGGUAGACGAGGCUGUGGCAUGUUCCGCCUGCCGAGAUUCUGACCGAAUCGGAGAGAGCAAGAACAUCCUUGCGGCAUCGGAGGGAUCCCGUUCAGCAAAAGUUCAAGCUUUGAUACACAAUAUCUUGGAGCAGCAACCAAGUCCAGGGGCAUCCCCACCCCGGAAGAGCCUUGUUUUCAGUUGCUGGACGAGAAUGCUAGACUUGGUACAGAAAGAUCUCCAAGACGUUGGGCUAGGCAUUCAACGAAUUGAUGGGCAGGCUUCCCUGCAGCAGCGAAGGGCAGCCAUGGAGCAGUUUAAGUCCGAUCCGAAUUGCACGGUAAUGCUGGCUAGUAUGGGCAGUGCUGGCGAAGGGAUUGAUCUGAUAUCGGCCUGCCACGUCCACAUAUUAGAGCCUCAGUGGAACCCCAUGACAGAAUCACAGGCCAUCGGUAGGAUACAUCGGAUAGGACAGACGCAACAGGUUUCAGUGACGAGGUAUAUUGUUAACCGCUCCAUCGAGACUUCUAUCGACUCGAAAGCGAUUUCUCAGGAAGAGGUUGAUCAGAACAGAUGGAAGAAGUUGAACGGGUCCUUAUCAUAG